GAUUGGUUGAAAUGGGAUGAAUUGAGCCAGUGGGCAGGAAUGUGACAGCCAUUUUAUUAUCAUACAACCGAUUUUAUGCAGUAAAACUAAUUUUAAUUGUAACGUAACCAUGGGGCAGUGUGGGAUUACUUCUUCUAAAACCGUCUUGGUUUUUCUGAACCUCAUAUUCUGGGCUGCAGCCGGAAUUCUGUGUUACAUAGGCGCAUAUGUGUUCAUCACCUAUGAUGACUACGAUCACUUCUUUCAAGAUGUAUACACAUUAAUCCCAGCUGUAACAAUAAUAGCAGUGGGGACUUUACUGUUCAUAAUUGGCUUUAUUGGUUGCUGUGCCACAAUACGAGAAAGUUCCUGUGGACUAGCAACUUUUGCUGCUAUACUCCUGCUGGUGUUUGUCACAGAGGUCGUUGUGGUGGUACUUGGGUACAUAUACAGGGCAAAGGUGGAGGAUGAAGUCAAUCAUUCCAUUAAGAAGGUGUAUGAUGAGUACAAUGGCACUAACACUGAUGCUCCUAGUCGUGCCAUUGACUAUGUUCAGAGACAGCUUCACUGCUGUGGAAUUCAUAACUAUGCUGAUUGGAGGAACACCACCUGGUUCAAGGAGUCCAAAAACAACAGUGUUCCCGUCAGCUGCUGUAAACCCAACAUCAGUAACUGUACUGGGACUCUGACACAUCCAGGAGACCUCUACCAAGAGGGUUGUGAGGCUCUUGUUGUGAAGAAAUUGAAGGAAAUAAUGAUGUAUGUCAUUUGGGCUGCCCUGACUUUUGCAGCAAUACAGAUGAUGGGGAUGCUGUGUGCCUGCGUGGUACUGUGCAGGAGGAGUCAUGACCCAGCUUAUGAGCUGCUCGUCACAACUAACACCUAUGCUUGAAGAGGACCCUUAUUCUGCAAUUUAUCCAUAAUAAUAAGAAAGCCCCACCGGACACAUUCAUAUUAGUUUCAACUGUUGUCAGCUCAAGAACACCUUGCACAAUUCAUGAUCAUAGAGUACACUGGUGAUGGGGAAAGGGCAAAGGUCACUAAGCUAUCUAUUUAUUUAUUGAUGAGCAUAUUAUUACUGUUCUUACAUUUACAUUUAGUCAUUUAGCAGACGCUCUUAUCCAGAGCGACUUA